AAAUAUACAGUGUUGUUUGGAGUUGUUUUUCCGGUGUUAAUUUACCAGAGUUAAAAAGUGUUGAUUCUGGUGUUAAUUUAAACGACUUAAACACUUGCAGUGUAAAUCGAUGGUCAGAGUUAGUGUAAUUACCACGAGUUGACCUUAAACCACACUAGUAGAGAGUAUAUUCAAUUUCCGGUCUUCGCACGUACUUCCUUUUUGAUCAAUGGCGGACAAGCACAUGGAGACAGCAGUGUUCUAACAGGUAACACGUCAAAUAACGACAGGAACCGAGGGAAGCUGUGUGUGUGUGUGGAUAGCUCUGGCAAAUUAAGCCUUCGUCAUGCUGGUUAAAGUUCAGUGUAAAGGUGUGAAGAAAUGGGUAAAAUUGCUUGACGAUUUUACAUUCCAGGAUUUUCUUACUGAAGUUAAAAACAAAUUUGGAUUUACAAGAACGACAUCUCUUCAAGUCUUUGACGACACUGACACCAAUGUGGAGGAGGACAUCUUCCAAGAAUUGAUUCAAGCCAGUCCAGAUAUAUGUUUUACUGUAAGGCCUCCAGAAGAAACUCUUCCUAACAUACUUGGAGAGUUUACACCCACAAGAUCCUCAACUCCCAGCACGUCUACUGAUACCCUUUCACUCUCUUCAACUGACCAUGAUGACACGGACCAAGCAGUGCACAAUCAGGCAGCAAAUGCCAGCAGCAGUAGAGAAACCUUAAAUGUUGAAAAGGCAAAAAGGAUUGUCCAAGAUGCCCUGGAAAAACAAUCUGGUGGUGAGGAAGUGCUUGAAGAAUACCAGGCAACCAAAACUUUAAAGCACAGCACCAGACGGCAACUUGUUAAUAUUGUUGUUAGUCACAUGACGGAGAUUCAUGGAAGGAUCCCCACCCGCCAACAGCGUGAGACUUAUGCCCUGGGCAUUGUUUCUCUUUUUCCUGCCCUGAGAGACCCAUUUUCAACAAAAGGCUAUGAACAUUUCUAUGAUCCAGAAAAGGGAACAGGGUUUAUUUCCUGGCGUCUUAAAACUUUGUCAAGAAAGAAUCCAAAACGUCGUUGCUUAGAAGUCUCUGAAAUCGCAGGGCCAAGUCGCCGAAGAAGGAUAGAUGAUGGUCAGCAACUUGAGGGAGAUGCAUGCAGGGAAGCAAUUUCUUUCCUUGUCCACACAGCUGAUGAAGUUGAAGUUAUGCAAAAGAUGAAGGAGACUUUUAAGCAUAGACAAGAACUCGUACACAACCCCGAAAGAUCAGCUGACAUACUAAAGAUCUUUCCAAGAUUUUUGGAUGUGAAAGGAUUGAUAAAUCAGGACUUUGCUCUUCUGUUCAAUGCUGAAACAUCCAACAAGUUGCUUGAGAGGUGGGAGACAGCAUUCAAGCACAAGAUCAUCAAUGAAGCCAGGUCUCUUACUUCGACAGCAGAAAUUCAAUGUCUUCUCAAUGCAGCAGUGGGAGAAGGAUCUGAAAAUGAUUGGGACAGUGACAUGUCAUCCAUCCUGCUACUAUUGCAUCUCCUGCCACCUUCUUCGGGAAGGAAGAAGACCAAGAUCAGUGCAACAGAGGCUGUUGAUAGACUUGUGCAUUUCCACAAGUCCUGCACCAGUAUUGAAGACCAUCUCAGUGGCAGGCAGAGCCACCAGCCAUACCUCCUUGGAUUAGGAAGGAUUAAGAGCAGAAUCGACAACUUCUAUGUGGUUGUGGACAAACAUCUCAUCCCCUGUGCUGGAAGCAGCUCCUUGAGUGCUAUAGAUGAACUCUUCAAAGUCCACUACGUUUGCAACCUGUCAUACGAGGAAGCCCUUGUCAACAUUUUUACCUUUCUGCAGACUACAAUCUACAACAUCGAUGUUGGACUUUCUAGUGAGUCUCCCCGAGUAAAGGAGUUACGUGCAAAGCUUUUAAACUAAGUUAAAUGUUAAGGUGUUUUUGUUGUCAAAGUUUGCAUUCAAGUAGCCACACUUUGAUAUCUCACUUGAGAGUCACGCACAGUUUUUAUCCUUCUUUAAAGUUUAAGCUGUUAUGUGCACAAGGUGGCUGUAGUCGACAGUUUUGUACGUAUUCCGGUUUUCGAAGACAUUUGAACAGUGUUCAUGUUGCUGAUUUCAGUCCAGCACAUUUACAGCAUGGUGAACAGCCAGCUCAAAAUGUUGAUCUUAAUCAUUCAGGUUCGUUGUUUAUUGAAGAAGGUCAUUCCCAAGUUGCUCUCAUAGACUCUGAGGAAAAUGUAUCCAAUUUCAGGAGAAAUACUGCAGAUAUAUGUGCUUCUGUUGUGGCCAAAUUACAGUGCAGUGGAGUGGCCAAUAGCUUGGUAUCAUCAGUUGUUUCAGAGCUUGAGGAACUCACCACAGAACUGCAUAACCAAAUUCACCAAGAUGUAAUGUCUGUCAUUCCCCACAAUAAUCCUGCCAGAUCAGCAGUCGAAGAUUGUUUAGGACAUUUUGACAGUCCCUUUUCCUUGUUUAACACAGAAACUAAAAGAUCUAAAUAUUUCAUGGACAAAUGGGGUGUAGUUGAACCAGUUGAAAUUAUGCUUGGUAUGAGGUACGACACCAGGAGAAACAAAAAAACAGGAGGUUAUGAUCAGGUCCCAGUAAAAGAUACAUUUGUUUAUGUUCCAGUUUUGGAAACAUUAAAAUUUAUGUGUCAAAAUGAAGAAGUAUGUAGACUGCUAACUACAGUUAAAGAAAGGCAGAAAUCACAUUUUGAGGACUUCUGUGAUGGAAGUUUCUUCAAGAAUCAUCCAUUAUUCUCCAAAGAUCCCAGUGCUUUACAGAUCCAAGUAUACUUUGAUGAAUUUGAAACGGCGAACCCUCUUGGCUCUAAACGUGGGGUACACAAGAUUGGUGCUCUUUAUUUUGUACUGAGAAAUCUACCUCCAAAAUUAAAUUCAAGGCUGAUGAAUAUUCACUUAAUAGCACUGUUUCAUGCUCAAGACUUAAAAAAGUAUGGCUUUGACCCCAUCUUGGAACCAUUGAUUCAUGAUAUAAAGACUCUAGAAACGGAUGGGAUUGAACUACCCAUAUCCACAAGUAAAGUUUUUGGAACCAUAUGUCAAGUAGUUGGAGACAACUUGGGAAUGCAUUCCAUCCUUGGGUUCACAGAAUCGUUCAGUGGGAAUUACUUCUGCCGUCUAUGUUUGACUCAAAAAGCAGAUACUCAGUUCUUUUACGAUGAGGACGAUGUUAGAGUUAUUUUGCGUGAUCGUACAGUUUUUGGACAGCAUUGCAGUGAAUUGGAAUCUGACCCUCAACUCAAGUCAACACAUGGACUUAAAAGAAACUCAACACUCAAUAGUCUGCAAUAUUUUCAUGUGUGCCACAACUACUCUCUAGAUGUAAUGCAUGAUCUCCUGGAAGGAGUUGUUCAAUUUGAAAUGAAACUACUGUUUGAAUAUC